UGAGAGGGAGGCUCUGGUGGGGAGGGGGAGGAGGGGGCCCCAUCGGUCUCCUCCUGGCUCUCAAAGAAUUGACAUCAUGUUUGACAGUGACGUGACCAAGCUCACAUCCGAAACCUGUUGCUGCCCCAGGGCCCCAGCGUGUCUCUGCAGGCCUGGCAGGAAGACAGGAGAGCUGAUGAGAGCAGGAGCUUCUUUUUGGGGCAGGUGGGGGCGGGGCUUCGGCGGCAUAGUAUAAAACCACCUGCUGGGAUCUGCUACACUUCCUUCCACUCCACCUCAGCCAACCCAGAGCCAUGACUCCACGACGCUGCAUCCUGGCUGUCUUGGCCGCUGUCUGCAUCCUUUUGCUUCUCUGCUCACAUGCUGCCCCAGUGUCCCCCACAGGCACUCAGCUGUUGCUGUGCCAGUCACACGAGCGAUGCGGGGACCAGUUCUAUGACCCCCGGCAGGACUGUUGCUAUGACGAUGCCGUGGUACCCUUGGGCAGGACCCAGAAGUGCGGAAACUGCACCUUUAGGGUCUGCUUCGAGCAGUGCUGCCCAUGGUUGGUCAACAGGCCCCAGGAGUCCUUCGUGGUGAAGGUGAAAGGUCAAAACUGUUACUCGGCUGCAUCCUUGGACGAUCGGGUUUGUGGCAGGAGCAAAACAGGAGGCACUCUGUGAAUUCUGCAACCUUACAUAUUCUAUCAUGGCGGGACCUCGAUGCACACGGAGUCCUUUCUCCACUUCCAAAGGCGGCAAGAUCACAUCCACUUUUCCACUUAAGAACAAAUUUCAAGUUACCAUGACCUCCUGGUUGCACUGAAUAAAAAUUCCAUU